AUGGACGUGGAAGUAGGCACUAGUAUCCAAAGUGAGGAGAGCGUAGAGCUAAAACUGGAGAAACUGAAUGAUUCGACAGAUUAUGAGCUUGAAAAUGUGGAGGACUUAGAAUAUUGUGGUAAUUUGGUGGACGGUAAUCGCAUUGACUUUAAUAACCUGACGCCCAUGUACUCAGAGCAGGGAAGCGGGUCUGUGGACACACAAGACACAGAUUUAAACUCAUAUUUGGGCAAAGAAGGUGAGGAAGUGAAAGAUGACUCGAAGUGUGAAACGAGCACUGAGCAAGUGGAGGAGCCUUCGAAUAAAGAAGAGUCGCCACGAUCAGACAAGAACGAUAAGUUAGACGAGAAAAACGAAGAUCUGCCUGAAGGAUGGGUGAGGUGCGGAAAAGGCCUGAGAAUGGACUUCCCAAACACACCGAAAAAUGAAUCAGAAAAGAACGUUGAAAGUAAAAAUCUGUUUAUUAAUUUUACAGAAGGAGGGAGCGUGAUAAAGACGGAAAAGUCGUUACAAAGCGCACUAAUGAAUUUAGACAGAAAGGCAGUAAGGGAGUUGAAGGGAAGCCUUGUUGCAAUAAAGGCAUCAAAGGCUUCAACGGACAGGCUGUACAACCAGUCGGCGAGGCUGAAUUUAACAACAAACAAUGGCUACGCCGAGAGAACUAACACAGUGGAAUUUAGAAAAAACAGCCACUUAUACGCUAUCGUCAUUCCAGUUGUGAACCACUUAAAAUUACUCUUUAGAACGCCCAGGAGAAACAACACAUACUCAGCGGGGCUAACAGAGCUUGACAUGUUGAGGGCUCAACACAAAAAGGAGCUUGAGCAGACAAAGCAGACGUUAUUGGCCCAUUUUAGAGACUUGGUGGAAUUAUCUAAUGACCUCUUUAGAAAGUACCGAGAGUUAGCCGUGGAUGCCAUAAAUGCUGCAAGAAAUGAGCAGAAGAAAUGCCAAGAGGAGUGCAAGCAGGCAUACUCGACAGCUUAUAACGCCUGCUUGAAGUACGAAAAGGAUCUAAAAAACACAAUAAGGUUUGCGCUCAAGGAGUACAAGAACAGCAACAAGCAGAGCUACGAUGCAGUGGUGUACGACAAGAACGAGUGCCUAAGAAAGUACGAGAACGCGAGCAGAACUAAAGAAGCUGCCGCCCUAAGCAGCCAUAAGAUGCUCAGGGAGGAUCUGUCCCAUGAUUACCAAAUUGACGAGAAGCUGCUUGUCAACUUCGAGCCAAAGGUCGUCGAUCGACUCGACAGCGUUUUAAACCAGCUGAGCCUGUACCUCGAGGAAAACUACAACUUAAACCACAAAGACUCUCUAGAAUUUGUCAAAUCAGUAAUUUCUCAUAAUUUAUAG